CAAAGAAGAGCAGCGCUCGGUUGCGGUUGGUCCAGAGCCAAUUGACUAAGCACAAAACGACAAUUGCAUUGGUACGAGAAGUUCAGCCUACUGUACGAUUCAGCUUCAGACUCAUUAGCCCAGUACUGAAACGCAAUUGACAGAUCAGACUGCCGUACAAAAAGUUCACUCUGCUGGAAUUGCAAAAUCAGUGAUCUCCCUUAGCAUAGCAAAAAAAGGCACCAAAAGUCAUACAAAAAGACGGUAAUUGCCACCUGCUCUAAUUGUUUUUUCGGUGUUACAACUCACUUUCGAUUUUCGUCAAUUCACCACCAAACGGAGAUUUUGCACAAGUGUUAUUGUUUGUGAAUCUUCCCCUCCGAGAUCUCACUACUGAAGUUGCCACUGUUUCCUUAAUUAAGCACUGCGACUUUUCUGAAUCUCACUUUUCACAGCUUCACCACCUUCUUUUUUUGGGCCUCAGCUAUCUUUUUUCUGGCUCAGUCUCAUUCUGGAAGUUUCCGACUGUAUUUUUUCCCAGACAUCCUAAACACACUUGUUUCUUUCCCUUUUCCACUAGUUAAUCACCACUAAAUCAUGGCCCCUCUUACUGUGCCUGUGGGCGAAGCCAAGCCGGGCGAAACGGCCCCCAGAAGAAAGACCGCCAACAAGGCCGGUGCCAUUUUCAGACCCUCGGACUCUUCCGCUUUCACCAUGCCUGAGUUCUUCGAGGAAUGUGUCGCCAGACAAGGAAACAGAAACGCCAUGGCCUGGAGAACUUUGGUCGACACGCACGUGGAGACAAAGAAAGUCCACAAGGUCAUUGACGGCGUAGAAACGGAAGUGGACAAACAAUGGACCUACUACGAAAUGUCGCCAUACACCCACAUCACCUAUAACGACUUGUUGGCUUUGGUCAAAAACUACUCCAACGGUUUGAUUGAGUUGGGUUUAGCGCCAAACCAGCAAUCUAAGUUGUUCAUCUUUGCCUCUACUUCUCCCAAAUGGAUGCAAUCGUUCUUGGGAGCUUCUUUCCAGAACAUCUCUAUUGUCACAGCGUACGAUACGCUUGGUGAAUCCGGUUUGACCCAUUCUUUGGUUCAGACCGAAUCCGAUGCUAUCUACACGGAAAACGCCUUGUUGUCCAACUUAAUCAAGCCAUUGUCCAAAACAGACAAGGUUAAGUAUAUCAUCCAUUCUGAUCCAAUUGACCCCGAAGACAAGAGAGCUGGAGGCAGUUUGUACAAACAGGCUCAAGCUUCCAAGGACAAGAUUUUGGAAAUCCACCCAGACAUCAAGUUCAUUUCUUUUGAUGAAGUUCUAGAAUUGGGCAAAAACGCAAAGACAAAGCACGAGAAUAUGCCAAAGCCCUCGGAUUUGGCCUGUAUCAUGUACACAUCCGGUUCCACAGGAGAACCAAAGGGUGUCGUCCUUACGCAAGAAAACGUUCUUGCAGCCGUUGGAGGUAUCAGUACAGUAGCCAACAGGGAUAUGGUCAAGAACCACGACAGAGUCAUUGCCUUCUUGCCUUUGGCCCAUAUCUUUGAGUUGGCUUUCGAGUCUGUUAAUUUCUGGUGGGGUAGUGAGUUGGGCUAUGCCAACGUAAAGACUUUAACUGAUACCUCAUGUAGAAAUUGUCAGUCGGACUUGAUUGAAUUGAAGCCUACAAUUAUGGUGGGUGUUGCUGCCGUAUGGGAAUCCGUCAGAAAGGGUGUUUUGACCAAGGUCAAGCAACAGCCUGCUAUCACCCAGAAGAUUUUCUGGGCUGCUUUCAAGGGUAAGGCAGCUUUCACUCAUUUCCAUAUCCCAGGUGCUUCUCUCUUUGACGUCAUUUUCAAGAAGAUCAAGGCUGCUACCGGUGGUCAGUUGAGAUUGGUGCUUAACGGUGGUUCGCCAAUUUCCUACGAUGCGCAAGUGUUCAUCUCUACCUUAAUAGCUCCAAUGUUGUUGGGUUAUGGUUUGACUGAAACCGGAGCUAAUGCUUCGAUUGUCGAACACACCCAGUUUGAACUCGGCUCGUUGGGUACAAUUCUUGGCUCCCUCACUGCCAAGUUAAUCGACGUCCCAGAUGCUGGCUACCUUGCUAAGAACAACCAAGGUGAAAUCUUGUUGAAAGGUAAGCCAAUCACCAAGGAGUACUACAAGAACGAGAAGGAAACCGCCGAAGCUUUUACAGAAGACGGUUGGUUCAGAACUGGUGAUAUCGGUGAAUGGACUUCCAAUGGUGGCCUCAAGAUAAUCGACCGUAGAAAGAACUUGGUGAAGACCUUGAAUGGUGAAUACAUUGCGUUGGAAAAGUUGGAAUCUGUGUACAGAUCCAACCCCUUGGUGUUCAACUUGUGUGUCUACGCCGACAUCUCUAAAGUCAAGCCUAUUGCCAUUGUAGUUCCUAUCGAAGCCCAUCUUAGACUGCACCUCAUUGACGAAAAGAUCUAUACUGCCGACGAACUUAAGUCUAAGAGCUUAGCCAUCUUGUGUCACGACAUCAAGGUUGUGCAUACCGUUACUCAUUCAUUGAUUGCAACCGGUAAGGCCCAGGGCUUGAGGGGUAUCGAAUUGUUGCAAUCCGUAGUUUUGUUGGAUGAAGAAUGGACUCCUCAGAACGGAUUGGUCACUGCUGCCCAAAAGUUGCAGAGAAAGAAGAUCUUGGCCCUCUGUCAUGAUAGAGUCGAUGCUGCAUAUGCUGAAUCUGGUUAGGUAAGACACGUUUUCAGUUGAACGAAAAGUACACCAUUGAGUUUAUCUCACGGUUACGCUGCCUCCUUUUUACUAAGUUUUACUUGAUGGUAUUUAUUCGCCUUUUCACUUCAUGCCUCGCCUGAUAUAUAUGUUUUGUUAUUUUAAUCUAUUUGAUAAGUGUAAUUCUGUAUAUUAAUGGCCGAAG